UUUUUUUUUUUUCUCCACCUGCUAUCUAAUCGAGCCAUGGCCAAGAAGAAGAAAAAUGUCACCAGCAAUGGGGAUUCGUCAGUAGGCUCCGAGUCCUCGGCGCAAGCUACCCCUCAGAGUCUCCAAAAAGAGAAGCCCCCGACAACGUCAAAAUCUAAAAAGACGGUGGCAGGCGGUAGCGGCGAGGGCGUGCCGCUCAUAAUAUGUCGGAACAAGCACUGGCGAUAUAUAUCCUCCUUCCACGGCCCCUGGCUGCACCUCCCUCUUGAAGCGCUCGAAUCACUCGCACACUCCAAUUACAACUCCCCACGGCCCCGGCCUAUAGAUCCAGGCGUCUUCUUCGACCUCGUAAAGAUCCGUCGCCUCGUUGGUGAGGCAACACCCCUGACCGUUAAUGCCGCCAAUGGGUUCGGUCCGGGUAGCAAGGUGCGGUUGUCCCACGAGAGGAAGCACAGGAUGCGCGACCAGGCCACGCGCCGCCUAUCACAGGCCUACCGGAUAGAUGAGAUCGCCACGAGUGUCGCUAUAAUGCAAGGUACGACGAGUCUAGAGAAUGUGGCCGAGCUGGUGCUGGACAAAAAGCCCGACGACGUCGACGCGAGUUACGUUCACUUCUUCCACGAAAAGAUCCCCUCCCGUCACGUCGUCGAGUCGACCCCCUUCGAGCCACUCAACAACAUCGUCGGCGCAAGGCCCAUGGAGCCUGAGUACCUCCGCACGCGCGCCAUAUUGCGUGUCUUUGGCGAGGACUUUGACGGCGCCGUCGCCGAUCUGACUUCGGCGAUUCAGCUGCUCCGAUACCACAGACCGGCGCAUAAUAGCCGCGACGAGGUCGUGCCCGCACCGACCACCGGGAGGAGGCUGCCUGAGGUCAAGCUGGGCGAGGACGAGCAGCCGACUAGCCUCGAGAUGCAGCUCAUGUUCCAGCGAGGCGCGGCCUACCUCUCGAGGGCUUGUCAGUGCGUCUACGCGGCGUUGCCUCCCUCCGACAAGCAGGAUAGUGACGCACGAAUAUCAGAAUGGCGCGCCGACGCCCGCGGCCCCCAUGCAGCCGCGACGAACGGGGACCCAACGGCCCCGAGCCCGAGCAAUGAGGAGGAGGCUGAGGCGCAGCAGAUAGCGGCGCGCAAGCUCCUCAAAACCAUUGCCAAGCGCGCGUUGCGGGAUUACAUGGCAUUCUUGGACCACAUAGAAUACUCCCCCGACUUCCCACUCGAGGAUAGUGAGGACUACUCGCGCAGGAACGGCGGUAGCAGUAACAGCUCGCGUCUGUCACAUCCCAACGGCCGCUCACCGGCAACAUCACAACCACAACACAGGACAUACCGCCUGUCGCAACUAUUCGAACCCACCCCACCAUCCGACCUCCCACCAUAUCCACCCUUACAACCAUUGCAAAAGGAUACCAACGACACACCUCCACAAAAAUCAUCAACAUCCUCACCGAACCAAACUACGACAAUCAUUACACCCGAAAACGUUACCGCCACCAUAAAACCUCCCUCCCCGUCCAGAACCGAGUAUAUAACCUACCACCCUCUCCUCUCCGACGCCCUUCACGCCCUGCUCCUCUGCCACAGCCUCUUGCAGACCAGUACCAAGGAGCUUCUCCGCCAUGCACACAUGGUCGGCCGUCUCGCCCGCCUCGCCGACGGCUAUCCCAUAUUCCAAGCCAGCCGCUCCCCCGCCCGCGCCGACUGGAUCGAGGUGCUGCGCCGCGUCAACGGCCCAGAAUGGCUCGGCCUGCACACAUCGUGGGAGUCCCUCUGCCGCCCCACGCCCCUAUCCAGCAAUCCCGUCAGCAACUCCGCCGCUGCACCGAGACAGCUAGACGCCACGUCCUCAACCAACACGACGACGGGCAUGAACCCCGCCACGAUCACCGCACCCAGUAACUCCGUAGCAACUGUCGCAGCCUCCUCCGCCGCGGCCGCUGCAGCCGACGCCUAUGAUGAGGACAGCAGAGAGUAUCCAAUCUGGACCGAGCGCGCCGCCGCAGUCGUCAGGUGGGUCAAGGAGGCCCCCGGCCUACCACCGCUACCCACAGCUGGCGGUGCCAAAAAGAAGAAAAAGGUCUCGGGCAGAGCCAGGGUUACUGUCCCCACGGGAUCGUCAGCAUCGCAGCCGCCACCGACAGAAGGAUCCUCGUCCACGGUGGUGGAGACGAAACAGGUCGAGCUGAGGUCUGGCCCUCCCCCGUAA